UCGACAUUUAUCACGCACACACAAUGCACAGACACAAAUGGGUUUGACAUCACUUCCGCGAUUGAUAAGAAAGAGUGACUUUUAUUAGAACUGUUGGAACUAUCUGCUUUAGAUCGUCACUGACUAGUCUGGUUAGUUGUCUGGUGGCCUCACCCAUACACCCAACAUUCGAGAGUCCAUUACAGGAGUCAAGGAACUAGAGAUUGGAGGGCCAAACCCAUUUGGUGCUUCCACAUGGUAUGAUAACGGCCUAUGGCUAAUCUGUGUGCAGAAAACACCACUCUAUCAGAACGAAGUGGUCUAAUGGAAGAGGUAAAUUAUGCUACGCAGUCUUUAGGAGCUGGACGACCACAACCUCAGGAUGACACGGCACAUGAAGUGAGGCGGAAUCGGCCUUCGGCAGGCUCCGAGUCGGACAACCAUGCGUCGACACGCCCUCAACGGCAACGCAACCCCAGCGAGGAAGCGGAAGAAGAGGAUGAGAUGCUUAAGUAUGGAGCCAAGCACGUCAUCAUGCUGUUCGUACCUGUGUCGCUGUGCAUGAUCGUGGUUGUAACGACGAUAUCGACUGUGUCAUAUUACACGGAAGCUGGUGGAGGAUACUUAAUCUACACACCAUUUCAUGAAGACAAAGGAGGUGCUGGGACCAAGGCAUGGAACGCUGUGGCCAACGCUCUUAUCAUCAUCUCUAUUGUACUGGCAUUGACAGUUGUUCUGGUCUUACUCUACAAGUACAGAUGCUACAAGAUUAUCCACGGUUGGCUCAUCCUGUCCUCACUACUGCUGCUGUUUUUCUUUGCGUUCUUUUACCUGCAAGAGCUGAUGUUAACCUACAACAUUCCAUUGGAUUACUUCACGGCGUCCCUACUCAUGUGGAACUUUGGUGUGGUCGGCAUGGUCUGCAUCCACUGGAAGGGACCCUUAAGGCUUCAGCAGAUCUACUUGAUUGUUAUAUCAGCCCUACUGGCCUUAACCUUCAUCAAGUACCUCCCUGAAUGGACACUGUGGACGAUAUUAGCCGCUAUCGCUAUAUAUGACCUGUUUGCCGUGCUAUCACCCAGAGGCCCACUCAGGGUUCUUGUAGAGACUGCUCAAGAGAGGAAUGAACCCAUCUUUCCAGCCCUCAUCUACUCAUCAACCAUGGCGUGGAUGGUUGGAAUGGCCAACAAUGAUCCUAACCAGGGACAAGGUCAAGAUAACGAGGCUAUGGAAACAUCAACUGGCAACGGAGCGAGCAACACGGAUCAGGAAGAUGUGGAUGAGGACGAUGCUGGGUUUGACGUGGAGUUCCGUCAGCGGCAAGAAGAAGAACUUGGAGGUGAAUUCAGCACAAACUCUGAGGAGGCUCGUGCCGCUGUGAACGCCUUGAGCCAGGGGCAGAAUGUCCAGAGGAGGCCGCCACCUGUUGAUGACGACGAUGAUGAAGAACGUGGUGUGAAGCUAGGCUUAGGAGAUUUCAUUUUCUACAGUGUCUUAGUCGGUAAGGCCUCUGCUCAGGGAGACUGGACUACUACCGUGGCUUGCUUUGUAGCUAUUCUUAUUGGACUCUGUCUGACGUUGAUUCUGCUGGCGAUCUUCAAGAAGGCCCUCCCCGCAUUACCUAUCUCCAUCUGCUUCGGUCUGGUGUUCUACUUCUGCACCAGUCUUUUAGUGUUCCCCUUCACGGACUCAUUAGCAAGCAAUCAGGUUUUUAUAUAGAAGCUGUUUCGCCCCCGCUGGGUACUAACAACAGGGGAUGUGUUUUUGUAGAAAGGAAGAUGCAACUUUGUCAAUUUCAACUCAGUCUGCAAGUUUGACGUACAUUCAUCUAUAGCCUUGGCGAAGAGUGCAACUAGUGUUGUAGUCAGGACUAUUGAUUGCUAACUCGAGUUGCGACUACUGCUUUUCAACAACUCGGUUAAUCGUGCAGCCACAACCAAUACAAAAGUAGUCGUGACUACUACAAAAACAGUCGCAACUACCUGCUUAGUAAACCAAUUCACAACAACUUAAUUUACUUACGAAACACAAUUAGACGUCAAUGACACAAUCCUUCAAUCCUUUUCAGCUAAAUUUUACUCUACUGCACCUGCGGCAAUGCAUCUGGUGAAUUAAAAAUUAAUCGCAACUAGCGUGGAAGUCGCGACUACUUGAGGUGCGACUAGUCGAGUAGUAAAUUUCACUAGUCGCCCAGGACUACAUUCAUUACAAAAAUUUCAUUCUUGCUUGACGUCACGUGGUGUUAAGUCAGCCAUCAUUACGGGCAUCGGUAGCCAUCGGUUUUUUCACACAAGGUUUAAACAAAAUCCGUGUACCGAGUUUUAUCAAAUUUGUUUCCAUGAUUGGUUGGUGGACCACUCGGCUGUGAUAGAAAAGUUACUUUUUCAGUGCCCGCUUUUUGUUUGCAUUUUUAGCCUAAAAUGCCCAGCUUUUUUAUUUGCGUAUACAAAAAAGGAUUUUUCACCAAACAAAAUGUAUCUUGAUGGUUUGUAUUGCAUUGUUACAUCCCAAAGCCAAUAGUAUUUCUUGAGUGAUAAUGCUGUCUCGUGAUAACAUGUAUAUUAUGGGUUGUACAUAAUUGGUUUACGACAUUUUUUGAGUACAUAAAAAGAGUGGACAGUAAAUGGCACUCUCGGAGUAUAUAAAAACAUUUCAAUUACAACCUUGAAAUUGAACGUGUUCUAUCACAGUCUUUGCCAAAACUCAAGUUGUUUGUAAAGAUAACGUCUAUCUGGAACUUUUUAGAGAUCCUCGUGGUUUUUGGGAAAAAAACAAAACAAUUUUUUUAAAUAACUUAUGUAGGGGAUUUUUGUACAGGUCAGCAGUUGUUUGUAGUUCGACGCAAAUGUUAAAUUAAUUACUUAAAAUAAAUUUAGUGCAGGCAUUUUUCAUUUAUUCAUGACAAAUGCUCAAUUUAAUACCUUUUUUAGCAUUGACAUCAGGCAUGCAUUUUAGAAUCGGCCGAUAACCGCUUUUUCCUUUAGUUUUUGUUCCAUAGGAAUCCGAAAAUCACUGCACAAAUCGUCACAGAUUGAUAGAAUCACGCUUGAAGUUUAACUAUUUUUCAAACUGCUGUUUCGGAAUUUGUCUUUACACUUUUACAGGCCUGAUCGUUGCCGCCUCGCCCCCUGGUCAUUGCCUUGAUGCCCUUUUCUUUGUGAAAAAGAAAAUACCUAGCUUUGUGUACAUAACCAUCGAUUUUGAGAUUUGUCACCUUUAUUGAGCCCUAGGUGAUUUUUACUUCCUUUUCUUGGGGGGGGGGUGAGGAACUUUACAAGUGUUCAUCAGUGUUUAAGCGUCACAUACAAAGUAACCUUGCCUUAUUGUCCAUUCACACAAAACAUUAAUGAAUACUUAACAAACUAUUCCAUUAUUCUAUUGAUAUUUAUGCCAAAAACAAUUUAAGAUGAUAUAAUGUGUUAUAGAAGUAUGGUUCCCAGAAGUGUCAUUUCAAGAAGUAUAAGCUAACAAUGGAAAA